CAUAUAAAUAAAUACGCCUCAGUUUCAUUUGAUUUUUAAUAUAAAUAUCUUAAUUCCUAAUUUCUUGGAAAUAUGUAUAAAUUUGAACAUAACAUUUCUAUAUUUGUUUUUAUCCUAAUACUACCUUUUAUUUUGAGUAGCGACGGCGACAGAUCACCUUUUUAUCAAAACUGUGUUAAAAGUUGUAGUAAAGCCAACUGUACAUUAGAAGGAGCAUUCCAAGAAGAUUCAGCUAAAGUGCAAGAUAAAUGGAAUCGCUUGCUCAACUGGAGCUGUAAUGAUGAAUGUCGCUACCAAUGCAUGUGGCGAGCUGUCCAAGCUUUCCAGGAGAGAGGGUAUCAAGUACCCAAAUUUCAUGGCAAAUGGCCAUUUAAACGCAUCCUGGGUGUUCAAGAACCAGCAUCUGCCUUUGCAUCUCUGCUAAAUCUGAUAACUCACAUGUACAUGUAUUCCAAGUUACAAGAAAUAUCAGUGAGGAGUACACCACAUGUCUUGUUCUGGCAUGCCUUUGCUGUGGUUUGUAUGAAUGCAUGGAUCUGGUCCAUAAUAUUCCACACGAGGGACACUGCUUUCACGGAGUUCAUGGACUAUGCAUGUGCUCUGUCAAUGGUUAUGAGCUUAUUCAUAGCCGCUGUCGUAAGAAUAUUAUACAGGAGGAAAAAGCUAGCAGCGAUACUUCUGUUUCUCACGUUGGCGUACUACGUGGAGCACGCGCGCUACCUCUACUCGGGUCGGAUCGACUACGACUACAAUAUGCGAGUCAAUAUAUUCUUUGGCGCGGCGGGCUCGCUGCUGUGGCUGGGCUGGGCGUGGCGCGCGCGGCGGGCGCGGCGCUACGCGUGGCGGCUGGCGGCCAGCACGCUGCUGUCGGGCGCCGCGCUGUCGCUGGAGCUGCUGGACUUCCCGCCGCGCCGCGGCUGCGACGCGCACGCGCUGUGGCACUUCAGCACGGCGCCGCUGCCGCUGCUGUUUUACAGAUUCGUAAUCGAUGACGUAAAAUAUUCGAUGCCAUCGCUGAGUAUUAAGAAGAGUACGUAAAAUGUAAAGUAGAGGGGAAAUGCAACAAGUAGUUCUUGCUUUUUUGAUACAGGGCUUUUUGUGUACAUUUUGUCGACAAUUAUUAAUAGUAGCCUUAACAAUUUGAUAAUUCUUCAAUUCUUGGCUCAGAUCGGUCGCCCUACCGACCCUCGUCUGUUCCGAAUUCUCUAGUCUAAGUGAUACGCAUAAAUAUAUCUAUUUAUGUUUUAAUUUUUCUAAGGUAAUCGUUCUAUCGUUAGCUAUGACAUAUUUUAAGUAAUUUAUUUCAAACUCACAAUAAAGUUCUAAUAAAAU